AAAUCGUCGACAACUUCAGACGUACUCCAACAACAAAGUACAACAACAACAUCAAUCGAGAGAAAGCGAAUAAAUAAAACAAAUAAUUUAAAUUAAAAAUCCACUCGCCGGAGACGCCGUCGUUUCGACGCCGGUGCUCCAAAAAAAAUAUGAAACGGAAAGGAGUCGGAUUCUCUCUCCCCGUCACGGUGGUGAUGUUGGUGAUCGGUUUCAUCUACUUUGCCUCGGUUUUCACUUUCAUCGAUCGGUGGUUCAGCCUCACUUCGUCUCCCGGAAUCGCUAACGCCGCCGCUUUCACCGCUUUGGCUCUGAUGUGUAUAUACAAUUACUCCAUCGCGGUUUUCAGGGAUCCGGGUCGGGUUCCACUCAAUUACAUGCCGGAUGUUGAAGAUCCGGAGAGUCCUGUUCAUGAGAUUAAGCGAAAGGGAGGAGAUUUGAGGUACUGCCAAAAGUGUUCACAUUUCAAACCUCCGCGAGCUCACCAUUGUCGAGUUUGCAAAAGAUGUGUGCUUAGAAUGGACCACCAUUGUAUCUGGAUCAACAACUGCGUAGGACACACUAACUACAAGGUCUUCUUUGUCUUUGUUGUCUAUGCGGUGACUGCAUGUGUAUAUUCUCUGGUUUUACUUGUGGGAAGCCUUACUGUUGAACCUCAAGAUGAAGAGGAAGAGAUGGGAAGCUAUUUAAGAACUAUAUAUGUAAUUUCAGCUUUUCUUCUUAUCCCAUUAAGCAUCGCGUUAGGUGUUCUUCUGGGGUGGCACAUCUACCUCAUUUUACAAAACAAGACGACUAUUGAGUACCAUGAAGGAGUGAGAGCUAUGUGGUUAGCAGAGAAAGGUGGGCAAGUCUAUAAGCAUCCAUAUGACAUCGGCGCAUAUGAAAACCUAACCUUGAUUUUGGGUCCGAACAUACUUUCUUGGCUCUGCCCUACAUCAAGGCAUAUCGGUUCUGGUGUGCGUUUUCGUACAGCUUUUGAUUCAAUCCCUGAUUCAUCUGAAACAAAACAUUAGCCAAGACCCAAAUCAUGUAUACCUUUUUCUGGGGAGUUCCACCGAAAAGGCAGCAGAUUUUGAACUUCACAGCACACUGGCUCGUCCUUUUUCAAGCAUUUUAGGCGCCUCAGCUUAAAACCAAGACUGGCCCGUAAUCAGUACUAGACUCUGCUUGGCAAGGUUCUCCCUCUCGCAUCCUUGUAACUGGAUUAAGAGCAUCCAUUUGUGAAAAAUAUGGUAUCGGUUAGGUAUUUUCCUUGUUUUUCUUUGGAUUCCUCAAAAAGGAAGUUAGGUUGUGGAUACAGAACUCAGAAGCUGAUUAUGCUUAUUAUACAUACCACUUAACAGGCGAAAAGACAUCAUUGUACGAUAAUUUAAGGCUUUCAUAUUUUGUUAUCAGAUUCAGACACAGUUGUCAAUAUGUAUUUGUUUCUAUGCAGAAUUAUAGCUGUAAGCACUUUGUAUAGAAAAAAAGCCAAAAGAGUUUGUGACAUUUGUAUGACCAGAUUGGAAGACGAAGAAGAAGAUCAGAAUUAGAGAGGAAGAUCAAGCCCUUUUCCAACAUCAACACCAAUCAACUGAAGAAUUCCUCUGUUCAGAAUCUGGUCAUAGUGAAAGAUCAAGUAUGACUCUUUGUGGAUGUGCUCCGUAUUCAGAUGCAUUUUUCGUUCGUACAAAUUUCUCUAACGUGUCAUAUACAAUUCUUCACCACAAAAACUGGAUUCCGACACUAUAUGCAUAGCACAGUGUUGUUUUUUAAUACAAAAAUAUAAAUAGUCGG